CACCGAGUCGGGCCGGGCUGGCGCUGGGAGUCGGGAGCCGGGAACCGCCGGGGCGCCGGAGUUUUCGCGGAGAGAAAGUGAGCGCGCUGGAGCGGGACCCUGGCCGGGGCGCGGCGGCACUGGGUUGCCCCAGAGGCCCCUGGCCAGGCCUGAGCCGCUGCCACCAUGGCCAUUGUUCACACUCUGCCAGUCCCACUGGAGCCCACUCCUGAGGCUGCCACUGUCCCGCAAGCUCCAGCCAUGGGCAGCGUGAGCAGUCUCAUCUCGGGCCGGCCCUGCCCGGGGGGACCAGCUCCUUCUCGCCACCACACUGCUCCUGGGCCCACAUUCUUCCGCCAGCAGGAUGGACUGCUACGGGGUAGCUAUGAGGUGCAGGAGCCACUCUGCCCAGCUGUGCCUCCCAGAAAGACUGUCCCUGCCACAAGCUUCACUUACAUCAAUGAAGACUUUCGGACAGAGUCACCUCCUAGCCCCAGCAGUGACAUUGAGGACACCCGAGAGCAGCAGGCACACAAUGCCCACCUCCGGGGACCCCCACCCAAGCUCAUCCCUGUCUCUGGAAAGCUGGAGAAGAACAUGGAGAAAAUCCUGAUUCGCCCAACAGCCUUCAAACCAGUGUUGCCCAAACCUCGAGGGGCACCGACCCUGCCUAGCUUCCUGGGUCCUCGAGCUGCCGGGCUGUCUGGAAGCCAGGGAAGCCUGACACAGCUGUUUGGAGGCCCUGCCUCCUCCUCCUCUUCUUCCUCCUCCUCCUCAGCUGCUGACAAGCCCCUAGCACUGAGUGGCUGGACCAGCGGCUGCCCUUCAGGGACGCUGUCUGACUCUGGCCGAAAUUCACUAUCCAGCCUGCCCACCUACAGCACGGGGGGUGCUGAGCCAGCCACCAGCUCCCCGGGCAUGCACUUCUCCUCCCACGGGCGGGGGGCACUGCCUGGGCCAGCCCGAGGGGCCCCUACUGGGCCAUCCCACUCCGACAGUGGCCGCUCCUCCUCCAGCAAGAGCACAGGUUCCUUGGGGGGCCGUGUGCCUGGGGGACUCUUGGGCAGUGGGCCUCGGGCUUCCCCUGAUAGUUCCUGUGGGGACCGCUCACCCCCACCGCCACCACCUCCCCCUCCUUCGGAUGAAGCCCUUCUGCACUGUGUUCUGGAAGGACAGCUUCGAGACCGGGAGGCAGAGCUACAGCAGCUGCGAGACAGUCUGGAUGAGAGCGAGGGUGCCACAGGCCAGGAAUUCCGGCCAAGGCACUGGCCUCGAGAACGUGAGGACUGCACAGCACAGGCCCAGCAGGCCACACAGAGGGCACAGCGGACUCAGCAGCUGCUGCAGCUGCAAGUGUUCCAGCUGCAGCAGGAGAAGCGGCAAUUGCAGGAUGAUUUUGCACAGCUGCUGCAAGAGCGCGAACAGCUGGAGCGGCGCUGUGCUACCUUUGAGCGAGAGCAGCGAGAGCUUGGGCCACGGCUAGAGGAGACCAAGUGGGAGGUAUGCCAGAAGUCAGGUGAAAUCUCUCUACUGAAGCAGCAGCUGAAGGAGUCUCAGGCAGAGCUGGUUCAGAAGGGCAGCGAGCUGGUGGCUCUGCGGGUAGCACUGCGGGAGGCCCGGGCUGCCCUGCGUGUCAGUGAGGGCAGGGCCAGGGGCCUGCAGGAGGCAGCCCGAGCCCGGGAGCUCGAGCUGGAGACCUGUUCCCAGGAGCUACAGCGGCACCGCCAGGAGGCUGAGCGACUUAGGGAGAAAGCUGGCCAGUUGGACACAGAGGCAGCCGGGCUCCGGGAGCCUCCUGUGCCACCUGCUGCUGCUGACCCAUUCCUCCUGGCAGAGAGUGAUGAAGCCAAGGUGCAGCGGGCAGCCGCCGGGGCAGGGGGCAGCCUGAGGGCGCAGGUGGAAAGGCUGCGCACUGAGCUGCAGCGGGAGCGGAGGCGAGGUGAAGAACAGAGGGACAGCUUUGAGGGGGAGCGGAUGGCCUGGCAGGCUGAGAAGGAGCAGGUGAUCCGGUACCAGAAGCAACUGCAGCACAACUACAUCCAGAUGUACCGGCGCAACCGGCAGCUGGAACAGGAGCUGCAGCAGCUCAGUCUGGAGUUGGAGGCCCGUGAGCUUGCUGACCUGGGCCUGGCUGAGCCCACCCCCUGCAUCUGCCUGGAGGAGAUCACUGCCACAGAAAUCUAGAGCUUCAUCUCCACAAGGAGCACAGCCCAAGAAGGUGGGAGCCAUAGGUCCACUCAGGCCCCCACUGAGCAUCCUCCAACUUAAGAGUCCCAGAGCCACUCCU